GCACAGGAUUGCUCGGAGCCAUUCAAUCAUUUCCUGAAUCCACUCAGACGAUCUGUACUUCUGUGGAAAAAACGGCGACAUUGUUGUCAACAGCUGGGACGAACAUACGGCUCAGACAAUAAACGUUAGACUUGUUAAAGGCUUUUACAAUGGCAGAUAACAGGACGGAAGCCGGGGAGCGCGUUUAGCUAAUGCACCAUCUUCAAAUGCAGUCAAAUCGGCCCUCGACUUGUAACUCGGGGAAUACUAACCAGAACUGGAAUAACACCAUGGACGCUCCUCAGUAUCCAGGGUACCCCUCACAUUACUGGUAUCCGGAGUCUCAUGCAACAGGACACUAUGCAAACACCUAUCCAUCGGGAUCAGAUGUCCCACCACAGUACAAUCAACAGUUAAUGCCUGCAGGUUAUCCAAAUGGCCAUGGUGUCUACAGCCCAGCGCAGAACCAAUACUCGACUAGUGGUUUCCACCCGUCCAACCCGUUUUACUGUGCUGACACUCAGAGACAGGCUCCAGGGCCGUACCCCAACCAGGCCUGUCCUGCCGAGCAGAGCAGUGGGCCGUCUGGGCAGCCCCACCCCCAACACCAGCAUCAUCACUAUCCUGGUCCACAGUGUCAAGGGGGUCCUGGAUAUCCUACUGGGGCAUACCCUCACUACAGUGAAGGAGGUCAUGCAAUGCCCGCAAACCCCCCGUACCCCACUGGCCAGCCCCUCCACCCUAGCCCCCAGUCUGAUGGAUGGACGCACUCUGGAGUGUAUGCCCCCCCACAGCAGCAAUGGCAGCCAGGCCAGCAGCCUCCACAAAACCACUACGGCAAUCCUGUCCGUCCGUCCCACCCUCCAGCAUGGCCCGGGACUGGAACUGGAGCUCCACCACCUUACCAACCCAAGGACCAGCAGCACCAACGUGCCCCACAAGUGGGACCUAAACCCAGGCCAACCCCAUCCCUGAAUGCCCCCAGUGGAAAGCCUGCCGAAAUAUGUUCACCUCCCCAAUUGUACAACAAAAGCGGGAGAGGUGAUCCUAAUCCUUCUCAAGCUGAGCCCCUGCCCCAGGCGCCGGCCCCAGCUCCAGCUCCAGCCCGGGCCGGACCCCAACCCCUGAGCGAUAACCCCAGCCUCGCCAAGGUCCAGCUGGUCAUGGCCAGAAUGAUGCUGCUGCAGGAAGAUGUGGAUGAGUUUGUUGGCAGAAAGUCGGAAAAGAGUUAUCGUGUUCUGGAGGAGCUGCUGACCAAAGAGCUGCUGCUGCUGGACUCUGUGGAGACUCAGGGACAGGAGACCGUCCGGCAAGCCCGAAAGGACGCUGUGCAGAAGAUCCAGGCCAUAUUGGACCAGCUGGAGAAGAAAGCCUUCUGAACUGGACUUAUUUACUGGUUUGUCGGUCUCUAAGUCUUGCUGUUUUCCUCUUCCAGAUCUUCCAUGGACACAAUGAAGGUCUACUCUUCUCUAUUCUUCUCUCUUGAGGGUUUUUCCACAACCAUGAUAUAAAAUGCCUGAAAUAACUGGCGAAAUGGAAUCAACCUUGUAAAGCCUGAUAACACUGGUAUAAUUGUGUUAGAAGUGCAGACUGACGGUUGUCAUAAGUUACUUUGAAUCUCAUUGAGUGACUCUAUUGGACACACAGCCGGACACUCUUACUCAGCUUUUUCUGUAAUGUCCUGCCUUUGCCAGCAUAAUGCAGGGCUGAGUGACAGAGAGAUGCAUUUAUUCACAUUUUCAUGCUGUCCCUCAGGAUUGUGGGUGGGUCCGAUCCUACAUCUAAGAACGUCAUUCCCCGUCUAUUAUUUCAUCUCAUAGUCCGUUUGCAUGAUAUGUCGCCAACCCUGAUAGAGGCCAAACAGUUAGUUGUCCUUAGUCCCAUGUCUCCGCAGGAAGACGUGCAACGCUUUUCUUUGUUAAAUAGUGCUCCCAGCCCUGCAUGCACUCUAAAGUCCGACAAACAUUAAAUACACU